AUCAAUCGGCUGUUCCCUUCCGCCUUCCGGGCUCGUCUCAUUCAAAAGGACACCAACUUGUCGCCUUCCCCCGGUGAUCGCAACUCCCCAUUCCUGACUAAUUUAAAAAUAGUCCGACGCAGUUCCUUCAACACGCAAAAUUCUCUCUCCCUCCCUCUCAUUUUCCCGAGAAAAUCCCAGGGAGAACGGCGAGAAAGUUCUGUAAAAUCGGGGCACUCGAUUGCGAGGGAUGCUUCCCGGUUCCGCUGCAGUUGGCGCGUUCUGUUAGCUCCGGUUCUCGUUCGGACGAAUUUUUCGUCGGAAAAGCGAUGGAGAGUUUGGUUUGAAUGCUUCGUUAGAUUUUUCGGCUGAUUUUUCGGUCCUCUGGUAAAGAUAAGAAGCGAUGGACGACGGAAGGGAAGGAUGGAGCAACGAGGAAGCGUUUCUGGUCGAGGAAUGCGAUCCUGAUUACGAGUUUGACGCGGCUCGUUUCUACGAUUUUAGUCGGUCCGAGACGUGCUCGGAGGUUGAAGCUGCCGAGCGCUGGUUUGACUCCGCCGGAACUUAUCCGCCUUCGCCCUUUAUAGUGAAACUGAGAUGGAGCAAUCACGAUCUGAGAGGAGAUGCAGAGAUGUCCUCAAAAAUGGAUGGUCAAGAAGACAUGAAUUCUGUCACUACAGACACUGAUCAUGACAUGGACUCGGAGGUUUCAUCAUUAAACUGCAGUGACGGAGCAGCCAACAGGGAGAAAGAGGCAAAUAAGCAAGAAGUCUCACGAGCGCAACAGACCUUAAAGGUUAAAAUCAAGCCACUGGUGAAGUUAUCCUCACCUAGGAGUUCAACUUUGAUGAAGCCCACAGCCAGCUACUUGGCCAAGCAAAACCAGAGCCUAGAAGUUCGCUUUAGUAGUUUCUUGAGGUCCGACAAGUUUUCAGUCAAAGAUCAUAAAACAUCUUUACAGAACUCACCCCUAAGUGAGAACCGAGCGACCAAACGACAAAAGCUAGAUGCAGGCUAUUUGCAAAAGGUUGCUAAUUUGAAGCACCAAACUCCUCUACAUCACAAAUUAUCUAAAAGGGUUGGAUAUGAUAUCGACUCGGUGCUCGUCAGACGGAACUUUACAAUCCCGAGAGAAUUUUCUUUGGAAACGGCCCACAGGGCACAAAGACACAGUUUCAGGUCCAAAAAUAGAGUAGGGUCUGGUGAACAUGCCAAGUCAAACUUGCCAGUUUUGAAGGCAUGCCAAUUGCACUGUAAAGUACCUUUAGCAACUCUCCGUAAGAAAAGCGCAUUAGGGUUCCAGGAAGUUGAUGUUUCUUCUGUUUCUGCUUCAGAAAAUGUAAUGCCAGAAGUAAAUAGGAAACAAAAUACCAAAGGAAAAGCCAUGAUCCACCAGUGAACCUCUUUGAAAAGGUAUGUUGAGCUUGAAUUUAUUUUAAACUACCAACCGAUCGUAGCUUCUUCUUUCUUUAUCUCCCUUAACAGCAUCUUCACCACGUUGGAAGCAUCGUUAGUUUUCCUUUACUAAACUUCGUCUGGAGUAUUGAAGAGUGAUCAGGAUUUCCCUUACUGUUUAAUUCUCAUGGUUGGCCAGCUGUCCUUGGAAUCUAAACUUCAGCUGAAUUCAAAGACUCGGUCGAAAAUGCCUCCAGUCACAGAGGUUGUUCCUCUAAGAAGGUCUUGCUUUUGAAGCCCACUAUCUGAAAACGGUUAAGAGUGAUUUUGAUUGUCGUGCCUACAGGUUCACUUUAUUUGAUGACACAAGGAUUUAAAUCAAAAUGCGGUGAUGUUGAUCCCACAGGACGAUGAGGUAGACCAUGGACCACUGUUCUUCACGUUAACGAAGAACAGUUGUUUUAGAAAACCAAUUUGUGAGGUUUCAUCAGAUCUCACACGUUACGUCGACAGAUGGAAGAAAAGGUGAAAGAGACGUCAUCCAGCGUCAUAGGAUGGCAGGUACGGUAUGGGAGGAACAAGUGGAUUGCUGGACUUGGACCACUAGCCAGCAUUAACAGGUUAGAGGAAGAUUUUUCUUUUCUCGGGUUAACUUCCAUUCUCAUGCUUGGAUUCAUCGUUGACUAAUAACUGCGGGAGUAUCAGAUGACGCCAGUAAUAUCUUCUCGUAUCAGCUGUUCAAAAUGACCGGAUCCGAUUGUGGCUCCUUCAAAUUGAAGGAAUGCCUAUUCUUUUCCGCGGGAGGUUGUAGAGAGUAGUCAUUAAAGAUGCAUAUGAGUCACCAUGAUCGCGGUGGUGCGCCACUGAUCGCGGUACUAGACGUCCCAUGUAGGCCUUUGCUAUUCCCAACCUUAUUUGGAAAUGUGAUCUAAAGAUGCAUCUGCUUUUGUGUGCCUCAGGAGCGCCAACAUCAGAUGAAGACGGUAUCUACCGAAAAUGAUCCCAAGAGGUCACAUGGGGUAUGUAGAGGACUAACGGGUAAAAAUGCCUUGCUUCUGAAAUCCUUUUGGCAUCCGCUGAGGAUGGCU